AUGGUAAAGCGAAUAAAUGGAAAACAUAUCAAACACAGUCCACAAACAAAACCUCUAACCGAAACCCAAUUCAAUUCAACAUUUCACGUUAAAUCAUCAACACCAUUCAUAUCCGCUGUCAAACGAAUCAAUAAACAAUUGGCAAAAUUUACCAAACUGCAAGGAACACAACGUAAAUUUCAAAAUGAUCAAUACAAGAGAGUUAAAUAUAUAACUGUCAAAGGGAUGGGUAAAACUAUUGAAAAGACAUUAAAAUUAGCAAUGCAUUUUCAACAGCUAGGUUACAAAGUGGAUAUCAUAACUGGGAGUGUACAAGUGUUGGAUGAAUUUGAAAAAAAAGUGUUGGCACCAGCAGGAAUUGAUAAUGAAGAUCUAAGAAUGGGGAUAGAAGAAGAAGAAGAAGAUGAUGAUGAUGAGAGAAAUAGUUUAACGGAUUAUGAGACUGAGUACAAAAAGCGUAUGGUUAGUUCAGUCGAAGCAAGAGUGUGGUUGCAAAGAGAAUAA